AUUUGCUUUGUGCGUUUUCAUAUCUUAGGGUUUUUUUUCUCUCUCUUUCUCUCGUUCCCUCUCAUAAGCCGCCAGAAAAUUUUCUUCAAUCAACGAACAAACCCUAGGUUUUCUGUGAUCUUUCUCUCUUCUCACGUUCGCUAUAAUCAUCCUACACUCUUUAAUCGGCGAAGAUGUCUCCUUGCUUCCCUUUCCUACCUCCAGGGUACUUGAUGAAAAGCGAUGCCUUGAUCGAAGAAUCGAUUAAGAUCCGUUUGGACUUGGACUUGGAGAAAAAGAAGAGGGAGAAAAAGGAAAAAAGAGACAAAGAACAUAAACAUAAAGAUUCAACAUCCUCUCAUGCAACAACUGUUGGUACAAAGUUCAAAUUCAAUGAAGUAAAGGAACCCAAAGACAAUGGGAAGUUGAAAAAGGUUGAAAAUCAUGAGAAUGAACAACUUGGGAGGGGUGGUCUUACAGAGGAACAUGAUCAACCUGUCUCUGAUAGUUCUCAAAGUAGCAAGAGGAAAAGGGGCUCUUUGUUACCUAGUCAAGAUAAUGGGCCUCCCAUUAAAUUGAGGAAACACCAAGAACCCGAGGAAUCCAAACAGGGAUUUCAAUUAGGGUCUUCUUCAACAAGUGUUGGACUUCCUAGUUCACACUCUCACGAAGCAAGAACAAAUGAACGGCCACUGCAGGCUAUCACAAAAGUUGAAUCCAAACAAGGAUUUCAAUUGGGGUCUUCUUCUAGAAGUGUUGUUCCAAAUUCACACACUUAUGAAGCAAGAAGAGUUGAACGCCCACUACAGGGUAUCACAAAAGCUGAUACUACCAAUCAGCUCCAUCAAAAUCCUACUUCCAAAGUUUGCAAACCAUUGCAGAAUUUGGUUCUUGUUGAUGCUAAACCAGCAAAUGAGACAGUUAAUAAAGAAAGUCGAAGGGUGGAGGCUUUGUAUAAAUCUUUACUUAACAUUCAGGCGGUAACCUAUGAAUUAUUGGAUUCAUUAGAUCAAGAUUGGUUAUUUAGUUCGGUACUCAAGGAAGCAAAGCCCUUCUCAAAGAAACAGAAGACUGAUGCCUUUCAAUGUUCAAAAUCUCUAUGGCCUCGGGCGCAAUACAUGCCAGAGAUUGACAUAUAUGCUUUGCCAUACACAAUUCCAUUUUGAUUCUUUUGGAAUUUGGUUAGACUGUAGAAGGUAGCUUUUAGUUGGGAACAGUUCUCUUCAUUAUUGAUAGAACCUUUGUAAACAGGAAAAAAAACUUGUAACAAAAUUUCAUUGUGGCAGAGAACCAUAUACAAUUUUUAUCAACAUGGUUGAUGAUUGAUGUAGUUUUUAAUUGGAUACCAGAUACCAGAAGUAGCCAGUAGUAUUCAAAGAAUGUGCAUACUUAUAUCA